ACAGCAUCCACCCCGUAGCGAAGUCUACCCCGGUGUGCGUCAGUGCGUUCUGCGUGUAAACAUGCGUGGGUGGACACUUCUUGUCGUUUGCCUUGUCCUCUUCCAGGAACAAGUCUCAGCGUUUGAUGAGGGCGAGUUCCAAUGUUGGGGCACCACAACAACGAUUCCAAGCACAUGGGUCUGCGAUGGUGAAGGCGACUGUCCUCUUGCGGUUGACCAGCAAGCAUAUCAGAGCUUUGAAAGACCCGAUGAAAGCCAAAAGAUUUGCACCUCACCCGCUUUGAUCGCUGAGCGAAUUCCGCUGGAAGUGACACCCGAAGCAAACAGCACGCUACGCGCUACUUGGCAACAUCCUCGCGGAGACUCGAGCGUACCACUCCUCCUUGCCGGUUACUACCUGACCGUCCAGUCAAGUGCGGUAGCGUUUACGCUGACGCUGGGCGCCGCGGAUCGUAACGCGGUCCUGGACACUCUGGCGCCAUGGACAAGCUACAGGCUUAUCUUGCGCCCAUUCUACAGUGUGAACGGUUCGCUAAAGGAAGAGCGCAAGCUCGGCAGAGCUGUCAAUGCUACCGUGGUCACAGGCGCGACAGGAGUGUCACGGACCACGCCUGACGCCGGCGAGUUUCAGUGCUGGGGCACGAGCACGACUAUUCCCAGCACGCGGCUCUGCGACGGUACAGGAGAUUGUCCCUUGGUGAUUGACCCGCAUGGAUCUCAGGAAUACGAAAGACCUGACGAAAGCCAGAAGAUCUGUGCCCCGCCCCCCUUGAUCGCCGAGGAUGUUCAUAUGGAAGCGACUACUGAAGGCAAUAACACUGUACGCCUAGCUUGGCAGCCUCCUCAGGAGGCUCCUACUGUUCCGAUCCGCCUAGCCGGGUACUAUGUAACCGCCCACUCAACGGCAUCAACCUUCUCGCUCACACUUGGAGUGGAAAAUCGUACCUUGGUGAUGAGCUCACUGGCGCCCUGGACAAGCUACACCCUGAUUCUGCGUCCAUUCUACACUGAUGAGGGCUCGCCCGAGGAACAUCGCAAGUUCGGUAAGGCGGGCAGCAUUACCGUCGUCACAGGGUUCGCAGGACGCUCAAAUAUUGAAGAAAGCAAUUUCGAGUGCCCCGGCAGUAAUAUCACCAUUACGAGCGAGAGGCUCUGUGAUGGCGAUGCCGAUUGCCCUGCGGUGAAAGCGUCGAAGUCUCCCGGAAGUCUCCAAUCUGCCGAUGAAAGCGAAGCGAUUUGUGUCCCACCCGUUCUGGCGAAACAGAAUCUGGCCGUUCGAGUUUUUCCUGCCGGGGACACGGGCUUGGUGAAAUGGACCAGCGCUCAAGACGACGCCAACAGCACUUUGCAGCACGCGGGUUACGUGCUCACGCUUAUCUCAAGUUACGAGACACUCACGCGAGACAUCGACCGCCACGCGACUGCUACCAAGUUGACGGCUCUGGUGCCUGGCAGAGAGUACCGGUUGUUCCUGAGGCCGUUUUACACGACUCAAGGAAAAGCUCAACAUUGGCGUCGGUUCGCAAGACCAGGAACGGUCACCUUCCAGUCCCCUCAAGAGGAUUCUUGCAUCGAUGACAGCGACUUCACCUGUCCGGGAACAUCAAAAGUCAUCGCUCACAUAGAUGUGUGCGACGGCUACAAGGAAUGCCCCCAGCCACCUUCCGAAAGCACAAGCCCUGACGAAAGCAGCAAGAUUUGUGCUCCGUAUGACAUCAGAAAGAGGGACAUUGGCCUGACGUAUUCGAAUCUAACUAGAAGAUCGAUUACGUUAAGCUGGCAGAAACAGUACGGAGAUUCCAGCGUUCCUCUGGAACUGGCUGGCUAUGUGGUCACUGUCUGGUCGGCCAACGAAAAAAUUCGUCACCUGCUGCCACCAGAAAGAACCAGCAUCAAGUUUGAGAAGCUGCCUCUGCAAACGAUAUUCAGGUUUUUCGUGAGACCAUUCUACACGUCGGAUGGCCGACCCUUGGGGGAGCGAAAGUACCAGAGAGCCAAAGCAAUGUGGCACGCUGCUGUAUUCGACGAAGACGAGUACCUGGACGACAAGCCUUUCCAAUGCGUAACAGUACAAAAAGUGAUCAAAAGCACAGAUCUUUGCGACACAUACCAGGAUUGUCCAUCCGACAUGGGAAGCUAUGACGAGAGCAGCGCUUUUUGUGCCCCACGUUCCCUCCUGGUUCGCAACAAGCAACUUUACAUGGAAGUUUUUUCAACGACGGCACACUCGGCAUCUGUGCGCUGGCUAGCAGCGGCUGGUGACAGUGAAUUCCCGUACCUGGUGGCCGGGUAUGUGCUCACACUGACGUCAGACGACUGGACGCAUCGCCACGUAGUUGCCAGCAAUGAAACCAGCGCCGUCCUAACGGGACUGGCUGCCUGGAGAACGUACACGCUCAUCUUGCGGCCCUUCUUCUCAGCUGAUGGAAAUGUGCGCGGAACGCUCAAGUACGGCCUCGCCCAGGUCGACACAUUCACGACAAAAAUUAGCGUGCCGAGCGAGCCCAGAGGCCUGACAAUAAACGAGAUGAAGGAGGGUGUUGCAAAACUCGAGUGGGAGAAACCCAAGAACCCGGCAGGUCCUAUAAGCGGGUAUUCGGUAACCUGGAACUGCAACGGUGUCAACAAUACGGAAUCUACGAAAGAUUUGAACAUCGUUAUCUCAGGCCUUACAUCCGAGUUGCACGGCUGCACAUUUAGAGUCGGCGCCUUCAACACGCUCCCGGAUGAGACAACACUGACCGGAAAAGAAGUGGAGCUUGCUGUAGACUAGCUGCGAAGAGCUGCACAGUUCAAUUGGAUUCAAAUUUCAACCACGCAGCGCGCCCCUAGUACACCCGUCCUCUUGUCCUAACUCUUGAAAUAUAAAUUUGAAAUUA